AAGGCCGGACUCGGGAGGUCUUUGCUCUGACAUCUCGACUCCCCUAAACCCACCCUGUGCCCGCCGUCGCCGCGGCCUUCGACCUCCUCCCCACCCCACCGCAUCCGAAUCCCGCACGCCUCCCCUGCCAUGGCCACCUCCAGCGACUGCGGCGACCAGCGGCGCCUCCUCUCCAUCCCCCAGGCUAGUUCGACAAAUGAUAAAGGAAAGGGCCUGGAUAUAGAGGAGGCUGGUGCUGGGGAAACAGACAAGGUUCUUUCUUCCAAAACUGAUAAGCAGAGGGAUUCAGUGGAAAGUGUAACAAAGCAGAUAAAAGGCAUUGCCAUUUCUGAAUCACCUGCAGCGCCAUCCACAAAUGCCAAUGAUAGCUCACAACCAGAAUCAUCUGCUCCAGACAUAGACAAGAAAAUUCGAGCACUGAAGAAGAAGAUACGUUUAGCUGAAGCACAGCUGCAAGGUGACCCUGAAAAAUUGAAAUCUGAGAUGCAGGAAAAGUUGAAAAAGAUUGAAGGGUGGCGGGCUGAGCUGAAGCUUUUGGAGGACAACAGAGCUCCGACGGGUUCCUAGACAGAAUCGGGUUCAGCUCUGAUGUAGAGUAGAGCCAUGGCUACCAGACAAUCACCAUGGUGUUGUGCUGAUCCAAGGUCCAAUCAAUCACCAUAGGCUUUUCAAUUACCUGCGGGUUGCUGGAAAAGCCUCGCAGUAGAUGUGCCGAUGUGUGCUCGCGCAGAACGAUGGAGAAUUUCUCAUCGCACAAUUUGUUGUCUCAUGUUCGCCAGAGUUCCAAGUUUGUACCACAAGAUGAUAUCCAUUUGUCAGAGACCACACAAUGAGAUAAUUCAACCGAUUAUUGUGACUGUGUGUCUGCA